AUGUGCGCGCUUCUAUUAAGAUACAUAGCUGAGCUGCGGCGAAUUCCUAACAAGACAGGCUCUGGAUUCCAAAUCUGCAAAGCACUAGGUGGAGGCAUCCUGAAUUGGCGAACUGGCGAAUCGCAAUGCAAAGAACUUAGAUUCCAAGAUGAGAGCAGUUCAACAAAUGCACGGAAGCUGGUGUCGGAGUCACAUAGCGUGAAACAUGAUAUCGCUUUUACGCAUAGAGAUCUUAAUCUAAGGAACAUCCUAGUUGACGAUAAUGGGAAGAUAUCUAGAAUCGUUAAUUGGGAGUGCGCGGGCUGGUACCCCAAGUACUAG